AUGGCUGCUGUUGCAGCUUUUGCUGGAAAAGCUGUUGCGACAUCAACCAUCUCCUAUAUCAUCAACAAGGAUAACAAGAAAGCUCGAGGUUUGAAGAGUACCAAAGCAAGGUUAGAGAAACUACUCCCUCAGAUCCAAGUAGUCUUUGAUGCCGUCGACACAGAGCAGAUCAGAGAUCAAAGUGAGGCGCUAGAUGAUUGGUUGUGGCAGCUCCGGGAUGCCGUCGAGGAAGCUGAGGACGCCCUUGAUGAGCUGGAGUAUUACAAGCUUGAGGAAGAGGUGAAAUUGCGAGAUAGCAAGGUGUGUGGCUCUCUGCAUAAGUACAAAGGGAAGCUCGUACAGAAGUUUAAUCACACGUUCAACACUGGAUCUCUGAAGAGGUUGACGAGUGCUGUCAAGACUUUAGAUGAGGCUGUUGCUGAUGUGCAGCGUUUUCUCCCUGUUCUCAAUCAGUUUGAUAACAAUAAAGAGAAGGAGAGGGAGACUAUAGUUCACUGGUUGACCAAGGUUGGAAGCAGUGCAUCUGAACGGGUCGUCAACAAUAUCCCUAUAUUUUCUAUAGUUGUGAUUGGUGGACUGGGGAAGACAGCACUGGCCCAAGUUAUAUGCAAUGAUGAUAAGGUGAAAGGUUAUUCCGAUUCAAUCAUCUGGGCUUGCGUUUCUUAUUAUUUUGAUGUUGAGACAUUAACAAGAAAGAUUCUUCAAGAUGUAACUAGACAACAAAUAAACAUUGUUGGUCUAAAUGCUCUUCGCAAUGAGCUCAAGGAGAAGUUGAGUUCCAAAACCUUUCUCCUUGUACUGGAUGAUGUGUGGAAUGAUGACAGAAUAGAUUCUUGGGAAAAUUUAGUACCGCCAUUGAGAUAUGGGAAGAGAGGGAGUAAGAUAUUGCUGACAACUCGAAUGCAAUCGGUAGCUGAUCUUGCUGCAAGAGCAAUGCAGGAAAAAUGCCAGUCUUUGAAAUUGAGUGGACUAGGAGAAACUGACCUUCUUGAUCUACUGAACAUGCAUACAUUUUCUGGCUUUAAUCCUGAUGAUUACAGAAAUCUGCAGCAGAUUAGCAAGAAAAUGGUGGGAAAGCUCAGUGGUUCUCCAUUGGCAGCAAAAGUUCUUGGUGGAUUGUUGAACAGCAAAAGGGACAGUAGCACUUGGAACAGAAUGUUGACAGCAAGUAUUUAUAAUAUCGAACAGGGUAAGGAAGGGAUCAUGCGGGUAUUAAGGUUAAGUUAUCAGCAUCUACAAACUCAUUUGCAGGCAUGUUUCAGGUACUUCAGCUUAUUUCAUAAAAACUAUGAGUUCACAAAGAAAGAAUUGGUGUACUUAUGGAUGGGAUCAGGACUGAUCCAACAUGUGGUGGAUGACAAGAUGCCAGAGGAUGUUGGAAUGGAGUACUUGGAUAUAUUAACCAAGAAAUCUUUUUUUGAUAUCAAAUCAAGGCCUCUAUCUUUUCAUGAUAUAAGAUGCAAUUUUAAUGAAUAUGAUGAAGAAAAAUAUGUUAUUCAUGAUCUUUUGCAUGAGUUGGCAGUUUCAGCUUCAGUAAAGGAAUGUGUUAGAGUUGACAGGAAUUUUUCUGAAAUGAAUCUAAAGACUGUUAGACACAUGUACAUUGAAAUAAUAAAUCCUACUGUGGUUGAACAAAUGUCUAAAGCAAAGAAAUUGCGCACCCGUGUCAUGCAUUUUCAAGAGCAAGAUCAAGCAGCACAAGAACUCAUACUCAACAAAGUGUUGACUGUGGCCAAAACCUUGCGGGUGUUGUCCCUAACCACAAAUUCUGUCUUCAAGCUGCCUAAUGAAUUUGGGCAUCUACUGCACCUUCGUUACUUGUCUCUCAUUCGGAUUGGACAAAGCAUGACACAUGUCUCCUGGUUCCCACAGUCCGUAUACAAGUUAUACAACCUGCAAAUAAUGAAGUACGAUGAUCCUCAUCUUGCAGCUCCUCGUCUUCCACCUACUGGGCAGCUACCUUCUCUCCAGUAUCUCUAUAUAAUUAAUCUGGAAUCAGUUGACCUUGUGGAUUCUUCAUUUUUUGGAAGUGAGAAACCUUAUGGACUGCAAUCCCUUAAGGUAUUAGAGAUUCAAGACAUGCCUAUAUGCACUGAAUGGGUUGGACCCGAGGGUGAGAACUUAUUUCCCCAGCUUGACACACUUGUCGUGCGUGACUGUAAGGGGUACUCUCUUCCUGUUCUGGAGGAAUUGUCCAUCCAACAAUGUGCGAGCCUGUCAUACCUACCUGAGGAUUCAUUUUGUUCACCUUCUGCUCUGAAGACCUUUGAUAUAGUGAAGUGUCCAAAUUUGAAGACAGGAGAGAUCAGGUUGCCCCCUACGGUGAGAUAUUUCACUUUGGGAUCGUGUGAUGAUGCUGAAACUCCACUGAUUUACUCAUUGCAAGAUCUCACAUCACUGACGCGAUUGUUUUUUGAUGGGUGUGCAAUGUCAUUACUCCCUUCUAAAGUUUUUGCGUGUUUGGGCCUAACUUCUGUGGUGUUUAGUGACUGUGCAAUGACAUCCCUCCCCUCCGCACAAGACUUUGCAAGACUGACAAAUCUUGAAAGUCUAGACAUCUGGGAUUGCAAAGAGCUACUUUCACUGGAUGGAAUUCAAGGGCUCAGCUCGCUCACAUUCUUGGUAAUCAUUGGUUGUGACAGCCUUGUUCAAGAUUUGCCUGACAUAUCAGGGGAGGGUGCUGAUCUAUCCGGUUGUGCCUUGGAGAUCAGCGAGCUUGAUAUUGACCACCCAUGUCUCUUACUCAAAGAGCCAUUAAGGAGCAUGGCCAUUGUGAAGAGGCUCCGAAUUUCUGGCGGUCCUGAACUAAGACUUUUACCUGGGGAAUGGCUUAUGCGCAACUGUCAAGCCCUAGAAGUGAUUGUAGUGCGUGAUGCUUCCCAUUUGCAACGUUUACCACAAGAGAUUGGAAGUCUGACCUCCCUGCAGUCAUUGCAGAUAUCCAAUGCAAAUCUGAUUCAGAUGUUUCCAGAUAUGCCUGCAUCUCUGAGUAAUCUACACAUCAACAAUUGCCACACUGAGCUCAAGGAACGCUACAAAAAGAAUGUAGGCUCUGAUUGGGGCAAGAUUGCACACAUUCAUGAUGUGGAUAUUUUCCUAAUACUAUGUGGUACAUGA